UGUUUAGUUUCCAACGCGUCCCCGCGCCGCUCGUUUCCGUCACUGAAACUGCACCGACGGUUUUCCGCGUCGCUCAGAAUUGGCGAUUCUCGCUGUACAAAAAUUCGAGGACCAAACCGAAUAUUCUCGAUCGCGCGAGAUCCGAAUUCCAGCUUCGAGUCGAAUAAAUUUUGUAGAACUGGCGCCGUUCUAACCGGGACAUUUUCAGCGAACCGAGCAGAAUAAUUGGCAACUUCUUGGAACGUCUUGGCAGUAUAAUUCGAACGUUUAAAAUGCAGGGUGCCGUUCUACUGUGAAGGAAGUUAGCUCGAAGUAAUCUCUUUUAUUGAAAAUGAGGACCCAGAUCGACCAAGUAAUACCGAUAGUGCUCGCAUGUGUGAUCAAAGUAACGUUUGGAAUUGAGAAAGUAUGGUUGCCGGAUGUGGAAUGGCUAUCCGCGAAGAACUGGAUGGACAACAAGGUGCCGAGGACCAACAAUUAUGUAAUCUUCCCGUUAGAGACCAGGCAUGCUGUAGGAAUGCCGAAAACUGUGGAUGCGGUGCUCGGUGGGAUCGAUUUGGCCAGAACUGGAUCUCUGGUUCUGCCUAGAGACGGCAAGCUGCAACUAAGCGAUUUAGGGAAUUCUCCAAGAAGGAUCAGUCGAUGGGCAAAGGAGGGCCAUUUCUUCUGGGCCAAUCCUAACAACUGGAAGGGCAGUUCCCAAGCUGCUCCUCAUCUGGAGCAAGUCCCUUGCCGUCAGGACGACAUCGUGCUGCCUAGCAGACAACGCACCUUCAGCAUACUUUUGCCAAUGAAGGAUAUCCAAGUGAGAUCCGUCAAAUUGGCUGGCGAGAAUUACUCCAUCGGAAUAACGCAGUGGGCGAGGAUGGAGAACAACCGGGAGUUCGAUAAAGGAUUAUUCACUGUGGAGUAUGCAGAUUACAGUUGCGAUAAGUGUCCGUGCCAGAAUGAUCCGGAUGGAUACUAUUUGGAGGAGAUUUGUGCCAUUGAGAGGCCGAAAUGUGGUUUUACUCAGUGUGAAUUUCCAUUGAAAGUGGAAGGACACUGCUGUCUGUACUGCGGUGGACGAUUGUCCUUAUCUGAGAAAGCAUCUUUGCCGCUGGUGCGUGCAGCAGCGAGCGAGAUUCUCGAAGGAUACUCGAAGAGGGUGGCGUGGCACGUUAGACGCAGCUGGGCUGGUGGCAUCGAAGUUUUGAUAAAGGAAACAGGCGACUAUUCGGGAAUCGAUACCCUGGAAGCGGUGGACAAUAUGAAAAACGGCUUGCUAAGUAUGAACAUCCAUGUGAUAAGUACAAGUAUCUCGGGCGCUUCUUUGCGAGAUCAUCGAGUGGUCGCUGCACUUAUUCCGAUUUUCGUCACGCCGUUCAUCAUUUUGAUACUUUUCUUCGCAGCAGCUGUGUACAUGGGAUACUCGUACAGAUACGUAUAUUCGAGCUGCUACGAAAUGUUCUCCACGAUCCGGGACGGAAUUCGAGCAGACAAGAAAACGGAAGACAGCAAACCGUUCGGUUUCGCCCGUUUCGAGAAUAUUUCCGAAGGCAACGUGCAACUCGCAGACGUCGUGGGCGCCGGCGAGCAAAGAUCCGGAAAUGAGACGGAGGAUACCGGCGAAGUUUCCGGCGGACAAUUCGAGAAUCCUUUAUACAGGUCGAAGAGAAAACGGCGAGAGGGAGCGGAAGUAAUGGACAUGAACACGCCUCUCAGCAUGUCCACUCUCAAGAACAAAGUGGAAGACGGCAUCGAGGAAGUGGAUCUUGACAUCGAUCAGUGAUACGAUCGAAUUUCAAGAACAACUUUCAACAUUUUAACUCGAUUUAUCAGUAAUCUACUACUAUCAAGUAUACUUUGUUCAGAAAAUUGAAGGAAUGUGGAAAAUUAAUUGUUGAAGAGGGUGUUAAUGUGAUGUUGAUGAUUCUCUGUUAUUUGACAUCGAAUUACAAAAACAACUUUCAACAUUUAAGCUCGAUAUAUCAGUAAUCUAAUACUAUUAAGUAUACUUUGUCCAGCAAAUUGAAAGAAUGUGAAAAAUUAAUUAUCGAAGAGGGUAUUAAUGAGAUGUUGAUGAUUUUCUGUUAUUUGCCAUCGAAUUACAAAACAACUUUCAACAUUUUAGCGCGAUAUAUCAGUAAUCUAUUACUAUCAAGUAUACUUUGUUCAGAAAAUUGAAAGAACGUGGAAAAUUAAUUAUCGAAGAGGGUAUUAAUGAGAUGUUGAUGAUUUUCUGUUAUUUGCCAUUGAAUUACAAAACAACUUUCAACAUUUCAGCUCGAUAUAUCAGUAAUCUAAUACUAUUAAGUAUACUUUGUUCAGAAAAUUGAAAGAACGUGGAAAAUUAAUUAUCGAAGAAGGUGUUAAUGAGAUGUUGAUGAUUCUCUCUUAUUUGACAUCGAAUUACAAGAACAACUUUCAACAUUUUAGCUCGAUAUAUCAGUAAUCUAAUACAAUUAAGUAUACUUUGUUCAGAAAAUUGAUAGAACGUGGAAAAUUAAUUAUCGAAGAAGGUAGUGAUGAGAUGUUGAUAAUUCUCUGUCAUUUGACAUCGAAUUACAAAAACAAUUUUCACCA